AUGGACGAAAACAUGAUCCACCGCUACCUCUCCGUCUCGCCCUUCUUCGACGACACGAGCAAGAACGGGCUGCACUUCCUGCAAGCCGAGAAGAACAUGGCGGAAUUCGACCUGGUGAAAGACCGGCGGCGCUUCGAGGAGGAUCUCGCCCGGCACGUGGGGAGCGAGUACAUGAUUGUCGGCGAGCCGGCGGAUGUUGUCACUGGGCCGCCGGGGCCGCAGCAGCAGAGGUCGAAGAGCGGGGUGUGGAAUUUGCGCAAGCAGUAUCGCGAUCGCAGGCGGGAUGUGGAUACUGGGAGGAUGACGGAGGAGUUGACGACGUUGGGCUCGUAUUACAUUGUGGGCGAGAAUAUGUACCAGGCGCCGAGCGUGGGGGAUGUGGUGGGGAACCGCCUGCUCUCUGCCGCCACGAGUCUGUCGAAGUUCUUCGACCAGGCUGCCAAACUGCCGUCCUUCUCUGCUACGGCGGGAUACAGCUACCUGCCUCAGUCUUCCACCACUGCAGCGGGCGGGGCAUCGACGCAAGCCUCCCCUGCGCGCUCUCGAGAAGGCAGUGUACUCCCCAAUGCAGACUCGCAAUCCCUCCGCUCAACAUCCCUCGGGCCUGUGGAAAGUCAUCCCGCCGCCACCGGCAACAACGCAACCAGCACACUCUCCGAUGCGCGUCUCUUCGCCCAAUCCUUCCGCAUGGCUCUCGAGUUCCACGACGAGUACAUGGACGAGAACGCGCUGCAAGGCGAACCUGGGAACCUGAGCUUCACCUCCUCCCUGGCAGCGGUGAAGAAGCGCAAAGCGGCAGACGAAGAAGCGGCUGCCCUGGCGGCCAAAGUGCAGGAGCAGAGAGACGGGGGAUCGAAGACGUCUCCUGCAGUGAAGACGGAGACGCGGCCUGAGCCGCCGGCUGUGAUGACGGAGGCGAAGACAGCGUCCGCCGGGAAGGACAGGAGGGGUAGUCGGCCUGGGGACCGGGCGAGGAGGAAGAAGAGUCGGGCCAAUAUUGGCAGCGUGGUUGGGCUGCCGGAAAGUUCUUCCACUUGA